GUUCCCGGCUGUAGGUGACAUGUUUACAUUUACGGAGGGAGCAGAAAGACAGACUUAAAACAAAACAGCAUGUCUUGUGAUUGAAUAAAACAUGCUUAAUAAACAAAUCAUCUGUUCUGCACGCAGUAAUACAGCGUCUGUAAAUGCUGAGCGACAGGUCUGUGCUGUGUUAAUGGGAAUGAAGAAAUAAAUAAAGCCAGGGGCAAAAUAAAGCAUCUGCCGUGUGGGAAGAACAUAGACAAACCUCAAUGUAUCCCAUGUUAACAUUUUUGAGCAUGUUUUACUACAUUUGCCUACGUCGUAGAGCCAGAUCAGGUACAAGAGGAGAAAUAAUGAACAGUCGGCGAGCUAUUGAGUCGAGCAACCGCAUCCUACCUCUCAGCGUCGAAGUGGUGCAGUAUGCCAAAGAAGUGGUGGAUUUUAGUUCUCAGUAUGGCAGUGAAAACAGCUUGUCCUAUACUAUGUGGAAUUUGUCUGGACUGCCAAAUGUUUACCCAAGUUCCGGUGAUUUCACACAGACUGCUGUGUUCCGGACCUACGGGAGGUGGUGGGAAAGCUGUCCGAGUUCACCUCCACCAUUCAGAAGGACUCCCCGAAGUUUUCAUAGCCAAGAAUAUGUUGAAUUAGCGUUUGAGGAGGCUGUGUACCCAACAGCUAUUGAUGUACUGGAAACCUAUCAUCCUGGAGCCAUCGUUAGGAUCUUAGCUUGCUCAGCAAAUCCUUAUUCCCAGACUCCUCCAUCAGAAAUUAGAUGGGAGACCUUAUGGGCAGGUGAACCUGAGAAAGUGAAUAUCUUGCAGGCUCGCCAAUUUACUCCGUGCAUUAAACAACUUGACUUCAUGACAAACUUGAUUCGCCUGGAACUGAACAGUUCUUUCCUAGAUUACUACACGGAGUUGGAUGCUGUCCUGUUACAUGGUGUUAAGGACCGGCUUCUUUCUGUUCACAAACCAUCAAUGCUAGAUCUGGAAGAAGACGACAAGGAUGACCACAGUUUAGAGUUCUUCAAUGGGCAAAUCACUGGAAUACCCUUGCCUGAAUACACCAAGAAUGGUUAUUUUGAAAAACUGCCUUAUGAGUUAAUCCAGCUGAUCCUCAGUCACCUGACAGUGCCAGACCUUUGCCAGUUGGCACAGACCUGCAAAUUAUUGUACCAACAUUGCUAUGAUCCUCUCCAGUAUGUCCAGCUCAGUUUGCAGCCUUAUUGGGCAGGCCUGAAUGAUGGCUCUCUGGAGCACCUGCAGUCACGCUGUGCUCUUGUGCAGUUUUUAAAUCUGUCUUGGACUGGGAAUAGGGGAUCCAUUUCCACACAAGGCUUUCACAGAUUCAUGCAAGUGUGUGGAUAUGAGCUGGUGCGUCUGGAGUUGGCCUGCUGCCACUUCCUGAAUGAAAGUUGCCUCGAGGUUAUUGCUCAGAUGUGCCCAAACCUCCAGGAGCUGAACCUUUCAUCCUGUGAUAAACUAAACACUCAGGCUUUCUGCCAUAUUGCUAAGAUCUCAGGUCUCCGACGUCUGGUCGUUUACCGCACAAAAAUUGAGCAAACAGCACUGCUCAGCAUUCUGAACUUCUGCUUGGAACUUCAGCACCUCAGCCUUGGCAGCUGUGUCAUGGUUGAUGACUAUGACGUUGUGGCUAGCGUGAUUGGUGCUAAGUGUAAAAAGCUACGAUCCCUAGAUUUGUGGAGAUGUAAAAAUAUCACAGAAAAUGGCAUAGCUGCUAUAGUAUCGGGCUGCCGACUCCUGGAAGAAUUGGAUCUCGGAUGGUGCCCAAUGUUACAAAGUAGCACAGGAUGCUUCAUAAAGCUUGCUCGCAAACUGCCCAACUUGCGCAAGAUCUUUUUGACAGCCAACAGAUCUGUUUGUGACACAGAUAUCGAGGAGCUGGCUGAAAAUUGCCCUCGUCUGUUCUAUGUGGACAUAUUAGGUACACGAAUGGUGAGCCCUGCGGCCUUACGAAAGCUGCUUCAAUUCUGUAAGGAGCUCUGUCUUCUAGACAUUUCCUUCUGUUCUCAGAUUGAUAGUCGGGUGGUUCAAGAGCUCAGUGCCAACUUCCCAAAUGUGUCAAUUAAGAAGAGUUACACCCAGUGACCAACCUUACUGUAUCCCAAAUGAUUAAUCAGCUCUCUAGUCCUGUUUUGGUUUUUGGGGUUUAACAAAAUGAAUCUUAAGCUGAAUUCCUUCACUAUUUGGCACCAUUCCUACAUCAGAGUCCUUUGUCCUGGGAAGGUGCCAAAAGGUGUGAUUAUUGCAAUCAUUUAGAGUUGAUCUGGGCUCUCUGAACUAAAUUAAUGAUGACAAUGAGUUAAAGUAGAGGUUUACAAAGAGCCAAACAUGUGUCUUUCUAAUAAGUCAAUAAGUACAUCAAGGUAAUGCAAGGUAAAUAGAUUAUCCUUAACUGUGUUCCUAUGAUAAUUGCUUUAAUAAAUGAGUAAAAUUAAAAGAUAACUAAGAAACCUAUUUUUUUCUCCCAAACAUAUAUUUUUGAAUGUGCAAGAUUAUAUCACGCUGUUUACAGAAGCUCAACUUAGUGGAAUGGUUCAGAGUAGAACUGAUAUCAAGGUGAUUAGACAGAAGUAGGUGUAUUGUUUGGAAGCUUGAAUUGAGACUCUGUUUUGCAUUUUGAUAUUUACUUUGUUCACUGAGCAGCGUAUAUCAAAGAAUUGUAUUCUUGCUACAAAACUCAUUGCACGUUAUUGUGCUGAAGGUGAAAUAUUUGAUGUAUCACCAACUGUCCCUCAAAUUGAGGAUGAAGUCUACUCAGGGUCAUGAGUUUCUCCCAUGGGUCUGUAUGUAACUGAGCUGGCUGGUUUUGACGGAUCUUUGGGCUCAUGGGACAGGACGUCCGAGGGGCAGUAAGAUCCAGAGUGCAGGACUUGUUUCGAUUUGCUCCGUUCUCUGCUGCCAUUCUGCCUUGUCAUUAAAGUCUUGGAACUUGAAGCCUGACGUGGCUUGACGGACAGGUUAUCUCCUUACAGAGUGAUUUGUAGCCCUCCCCGUCAUGAAGGUCAAUGCUGCCACACUUCCCUUAAGAGUGUCUUUGAAGCUUUCCCUUUUUUCUCCUCUGGAAUGUGUACUUGAGCAUUAAAUUGGUAUGGUCUGACUUUUAACCUAUUUUUGAAGAAAGUUUUAGAAUUUUGAUGUUUCUCAUGUUACUGUCACAGUAAUUCACAUAUCCUUGUACAAAAAGCUAUGUGGUGAGAUGGAAUGUUGUUAGAAAAUAAAUUUAUGCAUGAUACAGUUUUCUUUGUUAGUACUUCAAUGUAAUUAAGUUUAAUGUUCUUUAUCUUUAAUGUAGGUGUAAAACACAAUGUAGGAUUAAACUACAAGGCGUUUAAGUUAAAGAUAUGACCUUAAAGCAAGCUGAAAUGUACUAUUUAAAAUGUUUCUAUUUUGAUUUCCUACAUUUCAUUUUGAUGAUUAGUGAAAAUAUGCUUUGCAGUAGAUAAGAGUUCUUCGAAUCUGACUGCUAUACAAAAUUAUAGUUAUACUAGCACUUGUUAAAACAAGACUAAUAUGGAUUUUAAAAGAAAGGUUAAGUCAGGAGCCAUUUACUGUGGAUGCUGGAAAUCUGAACUAAAAGCAGAAAAGUGCUUGAAUUACUUAGAAAGUCAAGCAUCAUUUUGUGGAGAGAGAAACAGAGUUGCGUUUCAGAUCAAUAAUGAAAGGUCAUGAAAACGAGUUUCUGUUUCCACAGAUGCUGCUGGCUGCAUUUUAAAGCAUGUGCUGUUUUUAUUCAAGCUUAGAUUAGGGAUUAUUUAUCAGAUUUACAUGAAUGUAUAUUUGGUUUAAAAAAAACAGGUUUUCAUUGAAUAUGUGCUUAUUUGCACAAUAAAUUAGAUAAACUUUAAAUAUUUUAUAAUAUAUGUUCGGUCAACUUUCUUCUGUGUAAAUCUUCUAAAUUUGCAUAGAAUCCUCAAAUUCAAGGAUACCUCUGAAUGAAAAGAAAAUAAUAAUCCAAUUUCAGAUCAGCUCAUGAUAACCUUUCUGUUUACAAUCCCUGUUGUUUUUUUUUCAGGUAGGCUUCUUCUAGUCUGACAUCUGUUGUCACUGUGAAUGAUAAUAUUGUUCCUGUGUACUUAGUGUCUGAAAGUGCUCACAAAAGUGAAUUAAGACUGCAAUCAUGCAACAGCAGGUUUAUGAAGAAAUAAACUGAAAUUGAUUUCUGAGAAAUUCAAAAUAAAAGUGUAUUGGUAUUUAGAUGACUCACCAAAGUCACGUUAUAAUGGCUUUAAAAGUAGUGAUAAAAGUAAAUGUUGGGAUUUAUACAAUAUUUUUAAAUUGCUUGACCUUAAACUCUCAAAGCAGGUUCAAAUAUGUAUAUAAUGAUUAAAAACAUUGAACUGUGAAAAACCUUCCUGUACUAUUAAUGAGUAAAUAUUUGUUCACAAUGCUAAUAAGAUAUUGCCACCAAAAUGAUUAUAACUUGCUUUUAAAAAAUAAUAGGAAUGAAGAAUUGUAGAAGAUCCAUGCUUUGUUACCAAAAUAAUAUGCAUCUGUCUGUACUAACCAUGCUGUCAAUGGAAAUGAAGGAUAUGGAUAUUUAAACAAGAGUCUUCUGCAUCCAUUUUGCAUAAAGUAUGAUUUGAAAUACUUUGUAAAGUUAUUUGAAUGUUAAACAAUUUAUUUUGGAAAUCUGUUUUGUUUGUGCAAAAUAUUGGACUAAGUCUAUUCUCUAAGCCAAGGCAGUAUGUGUUGUUGACAGCUAGGACUUUGCCAGACCUUCAUUUUGCAUUAAUAAAAGUAAAAAACAAGUUUCUACUGUUGGAUUUGAAACAAAUAAUUAGCAUUAAUUUAUUUGUUUUCUCAGAUCAAUAAGUCCCCCUCCCCCAACGCUCAUGUGCAAAGUUUACAGUGUGUAGGUGACAAAAUAAAGAAUCUAUAAUAAUCAGGAUGCUGAGUUUAAUCCUACAAAUGCUUAAGCACCCUAUGACAUUGAAAUGAACACGUUUUCUAAUGUAUUGGUAGAAAGAGAUGUUAUGAAAAUAUUAUUCCUUUGUCCAACCUUGGAAAUCACUGCUGCAUUAAAGAAAUAUUUUGGAGAAAGCUCUUUUUAAAAUUUGUAAGGUAAAAGUCUGUAAGAUAAAUCAAUUUUAAUUCUAGCACUUCAUUGGAUCCUGUUUAAAAAAAACUUUACAUUCAUAAUUAGAGAAUCUUAAUGUUGACCUUAAAUGCUGUCAUUUAGAUUCUUUUUUUUGUCAAAUAACAGACAGUAAACUACUCUAGAGUUGUCUCUUUGACUUCACAUUUUUGUUGUUUGUUCAGCUUUAUGUAUGAACCAGUGAAGUGAUUCACAUGAAAGCAAGAGAGAGGAUAAAUUUUGUCAAAUACAUGUAUGGUGUUUGUAUUUUGUGCUGCCUGCUUAUGUACAGCAAUGGUCAAUGAGCUCCGGAUCUGAAGGUUUGAAGUUGACAAAUUAGCUUUUCCUAAUUAACUGAAAGGAAGUAAAUCUGUUGGGAAUUUGGGAGAUUGAAGGGGAUAUAGUGAGAGGUAUCUCCUAGACUGUUUGAGCAUAGGGGUUUCAUGUUCAGAUUGCAAAGAAGUCAAAACUGCAAAAAGAUUAAAAAUUAACAGAAGACUUCAAAUGUACUGCAGAUUUAGACAUUGUAGGGUUUUAUUUGUUGUCAGAAUUCCAAAACUUUGGGCAGUUCCUCGUUAAUGUUCUGAUUCACCAGCACAACUUGGUAAUAAAUGAUGAAAUUAAGACAUUUUCUUCAUGGUGUUGUAAUCUAAACUUUCGCAAGGUGACUGACACUCUGCAGGAAAGUCAGUGUAACACAUGUUAACAGGGCCGUGGGGUGCUUUUCAACAGAAAACCUGCUGGCUGUCCAUCUCAACGACCUGAUCAUCUGCCUUUGGUUGGAUGAGCCACAAAGUUACAGGGUUGUUGGAAAUCAUACAAAAGUUUUCUUACCCUCCCAGCUAGAGAAACAAUUCAUAAAAGUGGAGAAAAAUGAAAAAAAGGAAGAUGAGUUGUCACAAAAGCUGCAUUUUUAAGCAUUUCUAAAAUUAAAGUGCAAUGUUUUCUUGAAUUUUAGUUUACAUUAGAUUACAUUACAUGAGUGUAUGCAUUUUGUAGCAACAGACAAUUGAUUUUUUGACACAAUAACUUGUGCCACAUGUUAACAAAUCUGGUUUUGAUGAAUUGUAUUUUUGAAGGCUUGAGAUAAUGUAGAACCAUCCCUCUAAUUUUUGACGUAAAAGAAUGCUUGUGUUUGAUGCUUUGAAAAGUAAUUAUUUUUAUAAACAUUUCUUGUGUUAAUAAAAUUUUUCAAUGCUA